AGGCCGACUGCUCCAGCUUGGCCCAAGCGGAGCAGACUAAGACUCCGGGAGCCCGAGCGCACAACCAGCGGCGGCCUUGUUGUUUCAGUGAUGCGUGGUAACAAGCACACAGGGCGCACACGCAAGAACCAGAACAAGAAGACAAGGCCCUCGGUCAUUGCACAGAAGCGGCGGAACAAGGACAUUGACCAAGUCCAUGAAGAUUUGAAGACACCGAAGCGCUUUGAGCCUGGCACACUGCCCCGGGAUGAAGAUCUGCCGGGGCUGGGCCAGUUCUAUUGCAUCUCCUGCGAUCGAUUUUUCGAGUCUGCAGAAGUCAAGGCGAAGCACGAGAAAUCCAAGCUGCACAAGAGAAGAUUGCAGAAAGCAUCUGAUGAGCCUCACACGCAGCGAGACGCUGAGAUGGCGGUGGGUUUGGCCACGGAGAGGUGAGCCUGGCAGCCUCGUGCCUUGCCUGGGACGCCUCGCACGUGUUUCACUUCAUUUGGCGAGUCGCAGGGCGGUCAAGUG